AUGAUUGCAAAAAACGAAGAAAUCUAGAGGCAAAUUUUAAUCUAUUUGAUAGAAGAUUAAGCCGUUUCUCAAAAGAAAGCCUCUAAGCCCAAUAAAAGUGUAGCGCCCAUAGGAGAUAAAUAGGAAUUAAGCAACGAAGGAAAGCACAAUCCUCCAUCUUCUUUAAAUGCUGCUUUGAAUAAUUAGAAUAGCAAUCAAAUAGCUUAAAAUACCACUAAAAGUCUUUAUGAAGAGAGCAACAAUUCUGUAUAUUCAUUUACACCUUAGAUUCCUAACCAAAAGAAGAGCGAUGAAAUUAUUCAAGCAGAUUCUGACAAUAAAAAAAAGGAACAAGAAGGAAAUGAACCAUCAGAAAAGCCUUUAAAGGUGUUUCCACUAGAUACCAUUAAAUAUUCGCUUCAAUUAAUAGGAUUUAAAUACAAAGAUGCGAGUUAUUUCUGUGACAUUUUAAAGUAAUAUUAUAAGUAAAUAGUAUCUAUGCAAAGUAAUUAUUAGCCAAGCUUGCAAGAUGCUUUUGGAAAGUUUAAAAUGGCCAGAACGUAUAUGCUUUCAUCAUAGCUGUAUAAAGGAAUAGUAGAAUUUGCUUAAUCAAAUAAUUACAUUAAGCCUCAUAAAGAAAAUGCACCUGUAAAACUCAUUUAAUACUUUGAUAUGUGCAUGUAAAUCUUAUAGAAAAAAUAUCCUUUGAUUAUUUUACUUGGAGGAACUUCAGGGACAGGUAAAUCUACUUUAUCCAGUAUUCUUGCCUCCCGUUUUUAGAUUCCAACAGUAUUGAGUACUGAUAGCAUUAGGCAUAUAAUGAGAAAUUUUAUGGAGGAGUCUGAAGAACCCUUACUUUUUAGUAGUACAUACGAAGCGGGGAAAAUACUAAAGGAUGACACAAUUACCAAGGAAUCCAAGAAAACCAUACAGGGUUAUAAGAUCUAAUGCAAGUUAGUUUAAUAAAAGCUAGAAAAUGUUAUUAUGUAAUAUGCCAAAAAAAAUGAGCCAAUGAUCAUAGAAGGCGUUCACCUUACUCCUAGAUUUAUGUUUAGUAUGAUGAAAAAGUAUCCAUACGUCAUUCCAUUUACUAUCUGUAUUGAGAAGGAAUCUAAACAUCGACAAAGAUUUGCUGUACGCUCUAAAUAUAUGACUCUCGAUAAAAAGAAAAAUAAGUAUAUCUAGUAUAUUUCAAAUAUCAGAAUGAUCCAAGCAUGGUUCAUGGAAAAAUCUGAUGAGCAUCUUAUUCCAAAAAUAAAUAACGUAAACAUUGAUAAGAGCGUAAACAUCAUUCAUAGAGUAGUUACAACUUACAUGAGAAGUAUGAUUAAUGAUGACAUGUCUGUCAUUCCAGAUAAGAGUGUCAAUGCCCUAAAACUAUACAAAUCUUUUAAUAAAGUCAUUAAACCUCUCAUUAAUAAAUUCUCUGUCAGCUAAGAAGUUAAUAAAAAUAUAAUUAUGUAAAAGUUCCUCGAUGAUAUAAAUCAAGAAGAAAAUUAAAACAUUAAUAGUUAAAACGAUUAAAUUUAGGAUAAAGUUUCAAAUAGUUCUGUAUAAAAAGCUAAUUCAGUCAAUGGAAACAGUAAUGACAGUCCUACAAACGCAUUAAAUAGCAAUUAUUUAAAUAUAAACAAUGAAAGCAGCAAUCUCAAUACAAUCAGAAGUCACUAAAGCAGCGUUUGCUUAUCCGAUACAAAUCAAAUUUAAAUUACAAAAUCAAACUCUAUCUCACAACAAAAUAAUAGUAUCAAUAACUAAACUAAACCCAACCAAAUUAAUUCAUAAAAUAUAAGCAACUAAAGCAAUAUAAGUAUUACUAAUAAUAAUAAUAAUAAUAAUUUAAACAUCAUUAAUAAUAAUAAUAAUAAUAAUAAUAAUAUCACUAUAUAAAAUAUUAACAAUACUACUAACAAUAAUAACAGCAUAAAUAGCAACAAUAGCAAUAACAGUAACAGUAGCAAUGCCAUAAAUGGAUAAUAACAAACUAAUAGUAAUGGUAUAUCAACAGAAGGAAAAAAUCUUUAGAAUAAUUGCUAACCUGUAAUUUAAAUUUCAACUAUAGAAACAAUUUUUCCAAGCAGAAAAAUGUCUCCUUCUAUUGAUAUUUUAAAUAGCGAGUAACCUAUUAAUCAUUAAACAUAAAAUAAUGAAUAAACUUAAGAUUAGUUAAUCUUAUAGAAAAAUCUAUCACAAAAUUAGUCAGGUUAAACUGUUUAAACUAAUGGAGCUCAUAUCUCUAACAAAGAUUCUAAAAUGCUUUUAAGUCUUUUCUUAAAUGAUCUUGAAAAUAAUCACCCUAAAAGCUUUGUCCAAUAUACAAUAAAGAAAAUAGAAGAUAUUAGACAAACUGCUUUAAAAGAAUAUUAAAAUGGUUCACCAUUGAUCAGUUAUUAAGCACACCACGGACUCAACAUAAAUAAAAUUCAAUUAAAUUCCGAUCAAUCUUAAGAGAAAAAAUAAAACAUAAAUUAAGAAGCUACAAAUGAUCAAUCUAAUGUCUAAUAAACUUUGCAUAAAAACUAAAAUGUUGUAGGAGAUAUUUCUAAUGCAGUAAGCUCUUCUAUAGAUUAAAUAUAAUAAAAUUAAAUAAGUAAAUAAAAUGAUAUUUAAGAAGAUUAAAUUAGUUAGAAUUAAAACCAUGAUGUAAUUCAAAAAUAAGAAAAAGUAAAUCUAAAAAAUAUUUAAAAGGAAUUAGAGACUGCUAUCAAAAGUUUUGAAAUUCAAGUUAAUGGAUAAUAAAUUGAAAAUUUUAAAGAGCAAGGGCUUUAAAAAGAUAUUUAAACUGAAUAACCUUAAAGCUAAAGUAGCUCAAAUCUAGAUAAUAAGAUUGUAAUAAAUGAUACUAAAAAAUCUAAGAGAAAAAUUAAAGCUUAAAUUGACGAGAGAUCUAAUUUGGUCACAAUACAUUCUUCACAUAAUGAAGAACAAGUAAAUAAUGAGCAGUAAUCUGAAGGAGAUUCUCUAAGAAUGGGAGAAGACAAUUAUUAAUUUGACGCUCUAACAGAAGGAGAUGAAGAAAGUAAAAGUUUAUCAAACAGUGAGCAUAGCAAUUCAAUUGAUGAUGAAGAGGAAGAAGACUACCAUGAUAAUUUUGGUUAGUAAUCAGACGAAUCAAGUGAUCAAGACGAUGAGAAAAAAGAUGAUACAUAAGUAAAUGACAAUGAAGAUGACGAAGAAUAUGAAGAUUAUGAUCAAGAUGAUGAGACUCAGAAAAAAUAUUAAAGUGAAAAAGUCAAAAUAAAUAAUGCUUUUAAAUUUGAUGUGGUCCAAGAAUUAGAUCCUCAGUAGCUAGAAUCUCUAUCAUAUGAAGGUUACUAAAAUUAUAUAAAAGCUAUCAAGGAAAUAGUAGAGGCAACAGUCAACGAAGAAAAGUUGAAAGUUGAAUAGAUAUUAAAGUUAGAAAUAGCAAAAGGACAGUAAACUUAAAGGAAAAAGAUCCGUCACAGUAAAAGCUAAUUGUUUAACCAAGAAGAAGAUGUAAAAUCUAAAGCAAGUGAUUUAUAUAAAAAAAAGAGAUAGCGUUCAUACCGUCACGAUUAGCUGAUAAAUUUUUAAAAGAAAGACAGUGAAACAGGUACUCCUAUAAGUUAUAGCUAGCACCAUUCUCAUUAAAAUUUGAUGACAAACAGUGGAACAUUUACUAAAAAGAGAACAAAUAAAUCAAGAGGUUCGAGAAAAACCAUUUUAAGCUAAAUGAAUGUUUCAUCUACAACUAAAAUGAUAGAAAAGGAGGAAGUGAUGUCUCCAAACCCUAGUUAAGAAAAUAGGGCUAAGAGUUGUGAUCCUGAUAAAACAAUUAAUCCAUAAAGCUAAGUGAAAGAUAAAAAAGUAGUUUUAAUUAAAGAAAUACAAUAAAUUGUAGAAACAGAGAAUACUAAAUAAAGUGGAUAACAUGUUAUUUAGCAGUCUUGA